CCCUUUCAAAUUCAAACAGCAAAAUUAUCUUGGCUUCGCAUCGUGCGGCAGAGUUCGACUCUUGAAAAAACUCAGUAACUUAGUCGCUUUCGAUUUAAAAAUUGUAAAUUUCAUCACAUUAUAUUAACGAACCCCAUCGGAAUCAACUUUUACAUAAAAUCGCUGACUCAAAACAAGCUGCGAAACGAAUUCAAAUCAACGCGCUAACAAGACCAAGAGAAAAGAUAACUAAAGCGUCGCUUCGUGUGUGUUAAUUGUAUAUUUGUUAAACAAACUAAACCCAAUCAAAAUGGUCGGCACAACAUUGAAAAUGCGCGGGGAUGAGAACGCCAUGGAGAAUAUGAACCAAGUGCAACUGAAGAAAUUGACAGUGCCUACAAAUGAGGCAACCACAAAACGUGCUGCUCUGGGCGAUCUGCAGAACCGCGGCCUGAACCGCGCCAUUGCCGCCAAAGAUGUGGCCCAGAAAGAAUUGAAGGAAUCGAAGCUGCCGAAUGUGUUGCGCAACGCCAAGGCCCGCGUGGACACGCACUGGAAGAAGCAGCCCCUGGGCGCCAGCAAUGUGAAUGGCGCAGUGCAGGCCAAGCCCGCUCAGGGUGGAGUUGCGGGACUGUUGCGCUCCAACUCUGUGCGCACCCUUGCCGCUCCCUCGGCUGUGCUCAACCGCCAGGUCUCAGCCAGCACCCUGACCCGUGGCGACAAGGCGGCCGCCGAGGCGACCACCAAGCUUGCAGUCAAGCCAAAGCCGGAGGCUGCGCCUGAGCCCUCAUUGCGCCGCGAGGACAGCAAUCUGUCCAAGAAAUCCCUGACCAAGCUGCGUGCUGCAUUGGGCAAGCCAGUGAUGGGUGUGGCCGGCCUGAAGAAGGAGCUCGUGGCCGUGCACAAGAAGGAGCCAUUGGCGGCCAGCAAGAAGGAUGUCCUCAGUCUGCUCAGGAGCGAUAGCAGCGCCAGUAGUGCCACCAUUCAGCCUGCCAUGUCGUUGUCCAGCAAGCGAUUGGCCGGCAUCGAGGACAUCGACGCCAACGACAAGGAGAACCUCGUGCUCGUCUCGGAGUAUGUGAACGACAUCUACGACUAUCUGUACAAGGUGGAAAUCGAGCAACCGAUCCACCCAGAUCACCUGGCCGGACAGAAGGAGGUCUCCCACAAGAUGCGCGCCGUGCUGAUCGACUGGAUCAACGAGGUGCACUUGCAGUUCCAUCUGGCUGCCGAGACCUUCCAGCUGGCCGUGGCCAUUAUCGAUCGCUAUCUGCAGGUGGUCAAGAAUACGAAGCGCAGCAAUCUGCAGCUGGUGGGUGUGACGGCCCUCUUCAUUGCCACCAAAUACGAGGAGCUGUUCCCGCCGGCCGUCAACGACUUUGUCUUCAUCACCGACGACACCUACUCGGCCCGCGAGAUCCGCAUGAUGGAGCUGCAGAUCUUCAAGGCCAUCGAUUGUAAUCUGUCGCGUCCGCUGCCAAUUCACUUCCUGCGGCGCUACUCAAAGGCCGCCGGGGCAGAGGAUGAGCACCAUGCCAUGUCCAAGUAUUUUGUGGAACUGGCAACGGUCGACUACGACUUGGCUAGCUACAAGCCAUCAGAGAUUGCGGCAGCCUCGCUGUUCCUGUCGCUGCACUUGCUCAAUGGCAACUAUCGGGCCAGCACUGGCUUCAACGACAAGCACUGGACCCCGACGCUGGCCUACUACUCUCGCUACUCGGCCGCGCACCUGCGGCCCAUCACUCGACAGAUCGCCAAAUUGGCGCGUGAUGCACCGCAGGCCAAGCUGAAGGCCAUCCACAACAAGUAUCAGGCCAACAAGUUCCAGAAGAUCGCACUCAGAAGCGAGCUGAGCGGCCCCCUUCUGGACUCCAUUGUGGGCCAGAGCCUGAAGAAGUAGUCUGGGCCCACUUCACAUCCACAUCCCACACAAAAUCCCACCCCAAAUAUUUAGUUUAGUUUAAUUUGUUUUCAUUUUUAAAUUUGUAGCAUAGUCCUUUAAUUUCGUUUGCGUUCGUUUGCACGUUUCGUGUUUCGUUAUAAGUUUGUGUAAUACCCGGAAAUCCAAGUCCGCAUUCAAUCAUAAAGGAAAAUCGUAGAAAAUCAAGGUCGGGUAAUAUCUCUGCUGUGCGUAACGCGUUUGUGUCAUGGCCGCCCCGAUGCGAUCAACGACAAAGGCAUUCUUCACUUGAUUAUGGUUAGAGAGGUUGUGGUUCCUCCACCUGAGUGUGGGGGAUCUUGAACCGGAACUGGAACUCCUGCUCCUCCCCCUAAGGGCACACCCGUAGAGUGAGAGAGAGUGGACGAGCACAAACCGCAAUACACAAGGACACUGAGAGCCAGGUGUGUGAGUGGGCAACGAGUACAUUUGCUGGCUGAACAUAUCGGCGUUGUCUCUCAAAGUACAUAACCAUAUUAUUAGAUAUAUUAUACCCAUGAGCAAGACUAUUUUUAUCAAUCAAUUGUAUUAGAGUUAAAAUUUAACUGGAAACGGUUCGUUCAAUGCAUUAAGAAUAAAUCCCAAAAAUGUGCAAAAA